AUGUACGGAAUGCAAAUGCAGCGGCUUUCGCCGAUACUGAAAGAUGAUCAUGGCGUUGAAGAUGGCGGAUUGUUCCUGGUUGAUUACAAACACAUCAAAAGCGUUGACAACGACGCACUUUGCCGAGGCUGUAAUCAUGGGAUCGAAUCACACGCAGCUCACUCUGUAAAGCCCAGUAAAGCAGAGCAGGAGAAACUCAUACAGUUAGCAAACGACACUAAUGGUUUGCAUGAUCGCAUGGCAACUACUGAAGAUACUGAUGAGCUACAUAUCGUCUACCAAGUCUUCCAGUUGUGUCUGAGUGCCCUGAAGAAAUGGAGUACUGUGGUCGAUGUUCCGUUCGGUUCCCCUAAAUUUGAGGCAAUGUCAAUAUACAACAUAAUAACAGCCUUCGUCGCCUUCUAUGGAGAGUCCACAGAAAAUAUUCAAAAUAAUCUCGAUUGUGCAUCUAAGCUGUUGACGAUUAUAAAUACAUGGAAGAUUCCUAGUCCUAUGGUUUAUCUCGCUGCUGUUCCGAAAGCUGAUCGUGUCCAAUAUCGUUUGUUCUACACAAGAUGGAUGUAUUAUGUUAUUCUGCCACAGCAGUACAAAUCACUAAAGCAGUAUGAAGCUGUGGAGAUUUUUGGUCACAGAGGUCUACAAUUUUUCCUCAACUUUGCUUUCAGUGAUCAAGGAGGAGAUAUUCAGUCUGUACCCGAUCUACGCCAGUUCCUCAGCUCGUUGCUGAGUUUUAUGGAGAUGUCAACAAAGACACCCAUAAAAUUGAAAAUGGCUCUUCCUGAGGGCGUGGACCUUCCAAAAUUUUGUCGUCUUAGUGAAAAAGAUACUUCUAUUGAAAUCAGUCACCCGGCAUCACGUGAGGAAGAGGGAGAACACAGGAAACGAGCUAAGUCUGAAUCUGGUGUGUCGACCGAUCUGUUCUUGAAGGCCAUAGUGAAGACGGUUAAUGAUGCUCGAAACGAACCCGACAUAGACCAAUCAGACGCAAUAAAUCUAGAUGUCUGUAGAGGAGAGGCUGCACGAAUCGAAGAGAAGAAUGGAAUUAUCGAAUUCAAGGUUAUCGGAAAUUCGCUGGAACCUUUCCAAGACCGAGAAACUACGGUGUCAUUGUUACAACUGCAAAGCUUAUUUUCUGUUCAGCUACCAAAAAUGCCAAAGGAAUACAUAACCCGAUUAGUUUUCGAUGACAGGCAUAGGAGUAUGGUACUGCUGAAGAAGGGCGAGUCAUUCUUAGGUUCCGGUAAGGGAGUGAUCGGUGGGAUAUGUUUUCGUCCAUUCUCUACACAAGGCUUCAUUGAAAUAGUGUUCUGCGCAAUCACGGCAAAUGAACAGGUAAAAGGUUACGGUACGCACUUAAUGAAUCAUCUGAAGGACUAUCAAGUGAAAUGUGGAAACUACCAUUUGCUGACUUUUGCUGACGAGUUUGCUAUUGGAUAUUUCAGAGUUGGAUAG